UCUUGUGCCAAGAGAGUGCUGCUGCUUCUAACAUCUGUGCCGUAAUAAAUCCUGGCAACGUUUCCGUGAUUGUGCCAGGCGAGAAUGUAGUUACCAAUCUGACCAGUAGGUCUUUUAUUUCAGAAGCCCGGCUCCCCUUGGAGCCCACGGGGCUGCAGUGUUGUCCCAGCAGCACCCCGCCUUGUUUUUGUGUGUUCAGAGGGCAGAAGCUGUCUGCAAACCAGUCGAGCAGUAACUUUCAGUGGAUAAGAAAUGUGCCGGUUUGCACUAAACCCAAAAGGAAUAAUGUCUGUCUCACUCACAAGUCGCCUGUCGCAGUGCAGGGUGUUUCGGAGGGGUUAGCUGGACCUUCCUGCACGUUCUCAGCUGUGUACGAAUGUCUGGACGCUUUGUCUUUCCCCAUUGCGCCUUUUAAAGCCGAAGAGGACGUGAUGAGUUGGCCCUCGCUUGUUUUGAGGAAGCCUUUCAGUCGGCGAAAAUCCACGACUCCCACCUGUGGGAGAACACCAGGGAGUUGAAUUUUCCGGAGGUUUGGAAGUGCAGCAUGCUGCAGAGCGAGACUGGACAGCUCUUCCCGAAAGCCCAGGAACCUGCUGCGUGCCCGGAGCCACUGCAGGUGCAGCAGCACUUCUUUCAGGGUGGAAAUAUCUACAGCCUCACUAAUGCAGCAAAGGAAGAAAACUUGCCAGCUGGGUGCAAUAAGACCGGUGCUGCUCCUGCUGAUGGCAGCAACUGUGAAAGCAGCUUUCUCCGCAAGAACUGCAGUCAGCUGUUCUAUACCAAGAAUGGUCUGGAGAGCUAUAGGUGUUUUCGUGGUGAACAAUGGCAUUUACCACAAAGGAACGAGGAACAGCAGGUGUGUGAUGCAGGAGACACAAACACUCAGAAACUGUCACUCGAGGCAGCAGGAGAUGGAAAGUGUCCCUCAAAACCUGAGAUGCCUUUAGAGGACCUAACAGUGGCUCCUCUGGUGAUUCCUGUCUCUGUACCAGUGAUGGCUGUGAACUCGCAAGCAGGGAACAAGGUUACUGAAAAGGAAAGCCCAGAUGGGAAGGACCUCAAGGAAAGCUUGCACCAGAAAAAGAGAAAGAGGCAAAUGCGGCCAAAAUUGCUUUUUAUCCCACCUCCACUGGCCCCUGAAGCCCACCCGGGGGUGGGAGGGUGUUACCAGAGUAACCUUUGUUCGCCCGUGUUCCUGGUGGAUCAUCUCCUGAGAGACUUGUUCCAGUGCUCUCCGUACACACUGCCUCCGAUGCUCAGCCCCGUGUGGGAAGGAUCAGGCCUCUAUUUCAGCACACUCUGCUCUUCCUCUGCUAGCGGUGAUGCCAACCAGCUGUUCAGUGCUGGUUUAGGCAGAAUGGACAGGGACUUUGGAUUUUGUCUGAUGAAGGACAACACCAAAAUCAGCAUUCAGCCACUUCUCUCCUCUUUGCUGCUCGCCAUGAGUCUCAGAGUGAACCUGACAAAAUUUGUCAGGUUUUGAGAAAGAGAGAACAAACUUUCUUGAUUGAUUGGAGACAGAACGAUUCCAGGGGUGGCACAGUGAUGCUGUUAGUGCUAAGUAGUGACUCUGAAAGUUGUUAGAGGAGAGCUAGUAAUGCUUUGCUGGGAAAUGUGUGUUGUAUGCGUACUGUAUUUAUUACAGCUGAGCCUUGCUCAUCCCAUAUCCCCUCUUCCUAAGCGUGUGCGUAUUGAUAAGCGUGUGUAUCAGUAGCGCUGUGUGUUAUCAUGAUGUAUCUGUUCGCAACUUGCCUUCCUCCCCUCUUCUUUCUUACAACCUUAAAUGCAUCAACGUUGGAAGUCAAUUUCAGGCAGAGGUGUCAAACCUCCGGGAUAGAUUGCAUUUGGAAGAGGAUGAACAGGCAGCAUCGUUGGUGUGGAAGCCCUGGGGAGACAUCGCAACUAACCCAGAAACACAGGACAGAGGUUUCUUUAACACUUUUCUUUCAAGGCCACCCCUGAGAUAUGAGGGUUCAAAAAUUCUGUGUUUUCACAGCAGCUUUUUGUACAUUCAGAUUCUCUCCCUUCUUUUCUUGAUCACCUUCACACGUGGUUGCAUUAGAGGGAAGGAGAUUGCUCAGUUCUGGUAGAACAGUGAACAAAUAAUAACUGUUACGCUCUCAGUAGCAUUUUCUAUAUGAAAUGGUUAGGGGUGUUUGUAGCUGUUCCACCUCAUCUGCAGUGACCUUAGGAGAGGGGAGGUUUGUCUCUGGAGUUAUCGGUCCCAAAGCUCAGCGAUACCCGGGUAGUUGGGACAUCUGACUUUUUCCCGUGUCUUUUCUCGGUCUCCAGUCUGUCUGUUGCACUUGUUCUGUUUUCCCUCUGUCUUGUAUCACACCUUUUUUUCCUUUCUUGACAGAAGCCGAUUUCCUGUUGGUUUUCAUUGCAUUUGUAGUAACAGAACUGCUCAACCUGGCCUGCUGCAGCAUCAUGCCAGGGGGAGGAACAAACCUAGAGCUAGCCUUGCAUUGCCUGCAUGAAGCACAAGGCAAUGUUAUGGUAAGAAGCAGCUAUUGGGCCAUAAUAAUGGACUAGGACAGCCUUUGCCACUGGCGUGAGCUGGGAGUUGCUCCGAGUUUUCUAUUCCACAGGCUGGAGUCUGGUCUCUUUGUUAAAUGUGCAGAGUUCUUGCGUGCUGCUCAUUGCCGCAGUCUGCGUUAAUGUCCCUCGGGAUUGCAGACCCUGUCCUGGUGUAUAAAUAAGAGCUUGUUUUUUCUCUUGUAAAUUAUGUGGCGAUUUGGAGAAUAUAAAUACUACUACCCUGAAUUCUAGGAGUGAAGGAAUUGCCAUAUUAGAUAAAACCCGAGGUCUGCUCUAGAUAAGCAUUCUGUGCUUGACAACUGCAACAGCCCUAGGUGCUCCUUGCUGGGCAAGCGCCUCCAGCCCGGUCCUGGCUAAGACCCGAGUAGGUCUGCUUUGCUCCGUGUCCUUUGAAGAAGGGAUUUAACAACACUCAAAUACAGCAGAGGACUCGGUGUAUGCCGUGUCUCCACAAGGAGGCUCUACGAGCACGUCUGCUGUGGCAGGGAUGAGCCGAAAACGACUCCAGCAGAGAAAUCUCCUGGAGGUGGUGUCAGGUGGGGCCCCACAGCUUGGUCCCCAGAGAUCUCCUAAGGUUCUGUUUUCUUAAAACACUUUGGUGUGGAUUGAGGAAAUAUUUCCAUAAACUUCAGUGGGCUGAGGUGAUCCCGAAGUGCUGUUGCUAAGCAUUGACCAGUACGAGCAAAAUCUUCCUACAGUAGACUGAAUCACUGAAGUAGCAAAAUAGCUGAAAGCAGGAAUUUACCUUUUUGCCCCUCGUGGGGGGGAAUCUAACGUCUUUUUACGUG